AUGACAUUUGUUCAUGUAGGAAAGACGCCUGUUCCGCAACGUAUCGUACCCAAAUUCUCCAAUGAGGUCUUCUAUCCUGGAAGCGCCCCUGCUGGUGUUACUCCACAGUAUUUCACAACUUUAAAUGUCUAUCAACAAUGGCUGCAAAUUUUCGGUCCAGGUGUUCCUCUUCCUGAAGAUGAUCGAAACAUGCCAGGUUAUCCUCAAAAGCACCUGCGCACGGAAACUGGUGAAGAGGGUCCCCUAUAUCGCUAUUGUAGCAAGGAAAGAGUUUGGAAGCCCAGGUCCGAAUUUCCCAUAAGCAAUGGCAGGUUUCUAUCCACAUGUAUUAAUUGUAAAACGGUUGAUGAAAGAAGGGCAGCUAAACGACUAGGAGAAUCAUUGAAGAACAGGAACGAGGGCUCAUUCCAAGGACUACAGCCGAAUCAGGAUGUGAUCGCACGAUCUUCGCAACGAAGCAUGCCCACUAAUCAGCAAAAAUCUAGUGUUGCCAAUUUGCCUCUGAGGCCGAAGGCUAAAGUAUCCACUGCCAAGUCUAUACCAAAAUAUCCUAUGCCCGUACCAGUAUUCGCUACACCAGCUCUGGGUCCGCCUAAGAAGACCACAUCAAGGCUCGAGGAAUUUAAAGGAAUGCAAUUUGAGGUAGAAAGGCUUCGAUCCAGUCUUAUUGGUCAUGGGAGAGUCAAGAAACUAUACGAAGCGAAAUUAGAGAAAUUCACUAUGGCGACGGAUCGUGUCAGUGAAGGGAGUGAGGACGACAGAGGUAAGAGAAUGGCCGAGGCAGCGAGGCUCCAAGACCUCAUAUCCAAAGUGGAUGAUAAAAUUAAUAAAGCCCGAAGUAAGCUGGAUGUUGUCAAUCUUAUGAUUGAUCUUAUGGCUGAUAUGAAUAAAGACGAUAUUGGCUACCUAAGCAACAAUGAAGACACGGGUUUUCCUAGUAUCGAUGAGGAACGGAAUAUAGAAUCACUCAACAGCCCUGAGAACUUCGAUAAUGCAAGAGAAGCAGGUGUUGACUUUGCUGGUCAAACCAACGAUUCAUUGCAGUUUUCGCCAACGCCGCAUAGCUAUCCUCCACUAGAUGAAGAUGGUCAUAUACUCAGCAAAGAUGACCCAUCUAUUUCAGAUCUUGAUUUCGUGAGCGGAUUGGAGGCCACGGCCGAAAAAGAGCCUGGAGAUGGAACGAGAGAUGUGGAUAUGAACUCCGAACUUGAUAGUCUGGCUAGUGUAAGCGCCAUUGUUCCCUGUGCUGAUUCCUCCGUACUUCCUCAAAAUCGAGACAGCAUUGACCCAAACCUUCAACAGUUUUCAAACAUCCAAACAGAGAAUCCUCAACCUCAAGAGGGACUCGAAAUUAAUCGAUUCCGAGCGCUGUCAGUCUCCCAAGACGUUCAAGAUCAACAUGCUCCAUCUUACAAAUCUCAAUCUCGACAAUCUUCUUCUCAACAACAAUUCCAAUUUCAGCCUCGCCCACCCUCGAUGUUCAGAGACCUCAAUCCGCAUCGGCCAUACCAAACUUCAGAUCAGAAUUCGAAUCAUUUACAACCCUAUAAAGCUACGAAUACUGCCGCUAAACCCUCCCCGUUGACCACACAAACCCCUGACCUGAAUUCAAACCUCUUCAAAAAUUCCAAUCCUACCAUCGCCUUUCAGUUUAGACAGUCUGAUACGGUGGGAAAAUUCGGGCAUUAUGGUGUCAAGAUAGAGGAAGAUGUUGGGGAAGUUCAGACUUUGGCCUCACAUCAAACACGAGAAACUGUUCAGCAAGCACAACAAUACCAACCGAAUGAACCAAUGAAAAUGUCUCAGUUGGCGCUAAAGGCGAAAAAUGUUUAUGAGCAAACAGCUCAACAGGCGCGGAUGGAUAAAGAGUCACAAGAAGCACACGAUGGACCGAUCCAAGAGGAACUACCAAAGCCGACUAGAGUGGUCCAACAGCCGAAACAAGCUUGCGAAGAACCGGCUCAAGAUCAAUUGACCGAAGAACAAGUAGCUCAAAAUGCAAAAAUCUUUUACGAGCGACAAGCUUCCGAGAAACAAGCCCAACAGAAUGAAACAACUCGGGAGGCGAGUGUGGCUCACGACCAAGUAAUCCAAGAACAGCUAGCUAAAGAACAGCCAGUACAACAGACUGAACUGUUCCAAUUAGCGAAGCUAGCUUGUGACCGACUCGCUCAGGAUCAAUCGGCCGAAAAACGACGUGCUGAAAGGGCAAGAGACGUUUAUGACCAACUAGCUUACGAGAAACGAACCGGACAAGUCGGAACAACCUACAAGAUAACUCAAGGUUAUGACCAAAUGGACGAAGACGAAAUGGACCAAGAUCAACUAGCCGAGGACCAGUUAGCUGAAGACCAAUUAGCCCAAAAAGCAACCGACGCACAAGACGUCUACGACCAACGAGCUUGCGAGAUACGAGAUCAAAGAAAUGUACUAGUGAAACACGUCCAUGAUGCUCACGACCAACACUCCCAACUAUCUCAGAAGACCCAGCUCGCUCUGCAGGACCAACAGGGAAUCAGAACUCGGAAAGCAGAAUACCAAGCAAGAAUACAAAGAAACCCCUUUGGAUCGCUCCCGAAAUUCCAUUCACUUCCAAAUCAUGAAUUGGCCCGACCAACCCAAGGCAUACAAUCCCUCAAACGACGCGCCGACGAAACUUUAGAACCACGAAACCAACCCCAACCUGAACAUUCUAUUCGACGAUCCAAGCGAGCCAGACGUCGAGCAGAGACAGAAGCGGAGAUGCAGGAAUGA